AGUCAUUCUAACUCAUAUUCCUACAAAACACAUUUAAAAAAUAUCACUCAUUGGAGCUGCCUUGCUCCAUAAGUUAUCUAAUUUAUUUGUUUAUUUUCUCCCUUUAUUUGUCAAAGCCGGCCUACCGGCCGGUCAGAGAAUACUGUUAGCAAUGCGGAUUCUUCCUCUGUGCCGAGAAGCACUUUUGUGCUUCUUGGUGUCUUUGGUUUUUUCAGGGAGUUCUUGUUAUGGAGGUGAUAAGAAUACAGUUGAGGUAGUUGGGGCUGGAGAAUGUUCUGACUGUGUUGAGAAUAAAAUUAAGACUUCUCAUGCGUUUUCAGGUCUUCAUGUAACCAUAGAUUGCAAACCAACAAAUGGUGGGAACUUCAAAACCAGAGGGAUUGGAGUGCUAGAUGAAGAAGGAAACUUCAAAGUGUCUCUUCCUAAUGAGAUUGUCAAAGAUGGAAAACUCAAUGAGGAUUGCUAUGCUCAACUUCACAGUGCAUCUUACGCACCAUGCCCGGCUCAUGAUGGUCUAGAGUCCUCUAAAGUCAUUUCCACUAAUGGAAAACAAAACUUUGGUCUUGUUGGCAAACUCAAAUUCUCACCUGCCAUUUGCACUUCUGCAUUCUUGUGGCCUCAUUUCAAGUACCCACCACUCCCUAAAUUGCCACCUUUCCCUAAACUCCCUCACUUUCCUGACCUACCCCAUCACCCUCAUUUCCCUAAGCUCCCUCCUAAGGUUUUCCCUCCUUUCCCUCCUAAGGCCUUCCCUCCUAAGGUCUUCCCUCCAUUCCCUCCUAAGGUCUUCCCUCCUAAGGUUUUCCCUCCUUUCCCUCCUAAGGUCUUCCCUCCAUUCCCUCCUAAGGUUUUACCUCCUAAGGUCUUCCCUCCAAAGGUCUUCCCUCCUCCAGUUCCAACACCCCAAAAGCCACUUCCUCCACCUAUUCCGGUAGAGAAGCCACCUCCAGCUCCUGUUCCGGUAGAGAAGCCGUGCCCUCCACCUGUUCCAGUAUACAAGAAGCCUCUUCCACCUCCUGUUCCAGUAUACAAAAAGCCUCUUCCACCUCCUGUUCCAGUCUACAAGAAACCACUUCCACCACCAGUUCCGGUAUACAAGAAGCCACUUCCACCGCCAGUUCCGGUCUAUAAAAAGCCACUUCCGCCCCCGGUCCCAGUCUAUAAGAAGCCACUUCCACCGCCAGUUCCAGUAUACAAGAAACCACUUCCGCCCCUGGUUCCGGUCUAUGAGAAGCCACUUCCACCACCAGUUCCGGUAUAUAAGAAGCCACUUCCGCCGCCAAUUCCAGUAUACAAGAAACCACUUCCACCCCCGGUUCCAGUCUAUGAGAAGCCAUUUCCACCACCAAUUCCGGUAUAUAAGAAGCCACUUCCGCCGCCAGUUCCAGUAUACGAGAAACCACUUCCGCCCCCGGUUCCUGUCUAUGAGAAGCCACUUCCACCACCAGUUCCAGUAUAUAAGAAGCCACUUCCGCCGCCAGUUCCAGUAUAUGAGAAACCACUUCCGCCCCCGGUUCCGGUCUAUGAGAAGCCACUUCCACCACCAGUUCCGGUAUAUAAGAAGCCAUUUCCGCCGCCAAUUCCAAUAUACAAGAAACCACUUCCGCCCCCGGUUCCGAUCUAUGAGAAGCCACUUCCACCGCCAGUUCCGGUAUAUAAGAAGCCACUUCCGCCGCCUGUUCCUAUCUACAAGAAACCACUUCCACCGCCAGUUCCUAUCUACAAAAAGCCUCUUCCUCCCCCAAUCCCAAUCUUCAAGAAGCCUCUUCCACCACCUGUCCCAAUAUUCGUGAAACCUCUUCCACCUCCCAUUCCAAUUUACAAGCCUAAACACCCAUUCUUGAAGCCUCACCCACCAAUAUUCCCUAAGAUUCCUAAACACCCAUACUUGAAACCUCUGCCUCCAUUCCCUAAAAUCCCACACCCUUCCAUUCCUAAAAAGCCUUUCUUGAAGCCUCUACCUCCAUUCCCUAAGAUUCCCCACCCAUCUUUUCCUAAACACCCUUUUCUUCCUCCUAAACCCAAGAUCUUCCCAAAGUAUCCACAUCCUAAGUAUGGAAAGUUGCCUCCCUUUCCACCUUUUGCUCCUAUUAUUCAUGCUUAAAGGUGAUCAUAUUUAUAUAUGGAAGCGAUUUGAGGAUUAAUUGUUUUACAGCAAAGUGUAAGUAGGAUAAUAAGUAUAUUUAUUUUUUUCCUUUUUCUUUUUUCUCUUCUUUUUUUUCUUUUUUUUUUUUUGGUGUGGCGAAGUUUAUAUAUUGGAUUGAUAUUCUAUUUUCCAUAAUAAAAACCCUUUUAAAGAGAAAGAAAAGUAUAAAAAAAAAAAUUUGAUUGAGAGUGCCGGAGGAUAUGAGACCAAGGAGGGAAAGAGUGAAUAUUUUAUAUCAUUAAUGUUUCUUAGCUUAAUGGGUUGGAACUUGCUGUGGAUUUGUUAUGUAGUGGUGAUAUAUGUGGAUGUUUGUAAAGCAUAUAUAUGACUUCAAUCAAUGGAAGUUUUUUUGUUUUUUACCCUAAA